CCUAAUUUCAGGCGCAGUGAACAAUCCAAAACUUCAAAUUACAGGAAGCUUUGUUCUGUAGCGGAAGCGAGAAGACACAUUAAUUCUUUGUUCUUAGUAUAAAACAAGCAAUUUAAGAUCAAAUAAGAGCUUUGUGAUUACUUGGAAAGAGCUUCAAUAUGUGCACUGGACACAGAAACCUGAUGUUGACACAAAUGCUCCUGUUUCUGACUGGUGCUCUGUGCCAGAAAUGGAAAGUGGAAUAUCAUCAACAAAGUAUCUGUGCAGUGAAAGGCUCAUCUGUUGUUAUUCAUUGCUCAUUUUACUAUCCUGAAAAGCUGACUGUGAAAAAAGUUAUGUGGGGCCACGAAAAUAAUAGUAUAUUUGUAGGUCCUUUCAUAUUUGACAGCGAAAGGAAUGAUACUUCCUCAAGAUUUAAGUAUAUUGGCAACAAAAAAAGCAAUUGUUCUUUCAAAAUAGACCAAGUAGAACAUAAUGAUCGCGGAAAAUACAGCUUCAGAUUUACAACCGACGACGUAAAGGGCCAGUGGACUGGUAAAGAUGGUAUUGGUACAUUAAAGGUUGUUGAUUUGAAUGUUUCUGUGGCAAACCCCAGUGGGAACGGAACAACGAAGGAAGGUGAUUCUCUGAAACUGACUUGUAUAAACAGCUGUGACAACAGCUCUUUUUCAUCUUCUUUCACCUGGUCAAAGAACGGAAAACCUAUAAACCAAGGACCUGUGCUUCAUUUAAGCAACAUGUCCUCCACAAACUCUGGAAACUACACUUGUUCUCUAAACACACACACGGGAACUACUUCAGCAGCCAUAAAUAUUGAUGUUGAAUAUGGCCCUAAGAACACAUCAGUGUCUGUCACACCAUCGAUGGAGGUGGAUGUCGGCAGCAGCGUCACCCUGAUCUGCAGCAGCCAUGCAAACCCUCCAGUGGAGAAUUAUACUUGGUUUAAAAUAGAUGGUAAUGACAUUGUGGAUGUGGGACACCAGCCUGUGUUGUUCUCUGAUGAUGGAGGCCAGUAUUUAUGCAGCGCCAGCAACAAACACGGAAGUCAAAACUCCUCUGUUGUGACUGUGAAGAUUAAACAUCAUAGGACGAUAUUUAACAGAGAAGCACUUAUCGUUUCCAUUGUUGCUACGCUUCUGAUUGUGACCACUGUCAUUGCCAUCACAAGACUCCAGAAAAAAAGAACAAGAGCACCAGAGACUGACUGCAAGGAGGACUCACAGGAUGUAGUGUACGUCAACUGGACUUCUUUUGACAAUAACCAGUCACCAGAGGGAAAUCAGAGUGAUGGAGCAACAACAGAAAUCUUCUACACCACUGUUGAGUUUCACACAAAGAGAAAGUCAAACACGGGGCAGCAGAUGGACUCACAUCAUGAUUAUGGAAAUGUGAUUUACAACACGGUGUACAGGAAACAACUGCAGAGCCCUUCAUAUAUUGAGACUCUUUGAUUUAACAACAAACACAAGCUGUUUUUCAGUAAUACGUGUAAAGACAUCAUGUUUUGAGGACAUCUGUUUUUGAGGAAGUUUUUCUUUUUGGUUUGUGUUUUACUUAAGAUAAACUGCACAUGCAUUGCAGUGAAGAUCAAUAUUUUCCUCCAAUAAAAUGUCUAAAA